GACCGGCCGCCUCAGUCCGGGACAACUGAGUGGGCAAAACUGGCUACGGUUCCCUGUGUUCCGUCCGUGUGCUUCUCGGUUCGGUUCGGAGAUUUCAGUUCACUUUGAACGCGAGUCCGGUGUAGACGUGUCCAAAUCCAUCCGACCCUGGGAAGCGCACCUGGACCCACAACUUGUUGGUGCGCGGCGGGGCUCUCUAGUGUUUCAAACCAGUGCAGUGAGUGAUUGAAUUUAAGAGGUGGAAAAAGUGGCGGAAGUGGAAGGGGGCAUUUGGGACUUUUCUUACCCCACCCCCACUCCGGGAGUAUAUCUGGGAAAGGGGAUGUUUUUUUUACUUCUUACCUUUGUGUGCUGGUGAAGGAUUUUGAAGAGUGUGACACCUGCCCGCCAUCAUCUGGUUCCCAUCGCCAUUGCUUGUUUCCCCUUGAAGUCUCCUUUUAUCAGAGGGUUGUUGGAUGUUGUUGAAUCUUGAGCUGUGGGAACAAGAAGCCAUCAAGGAUUGAGGAGCUGGCUGCUGGGUGCCAUAGAGAAGAGGUUCUGAUGAUGAGGACCCCGACGGGCACAUGAGUGUAACGAUUUUCUCGGAUGCUCGGAAGCUGGGUUGUGUGUACAAUUUUCCUCAAAUUUGUCCAGAGAUUAAAGGUAUUUUCGCAUCAGUUCAUCGGAGGAAGAUUGAAAAGGCGGUGCUGGGCUGGGGAAUCGAGGGUGAAAAAUAAAAGGUCCUGUCUCGAAGAUGGUGUUAACACAAACGGGUCAGUGAUUAAGGGAGGUGCGAUAAGAUGUUCUCACAACUUCAAACCGAGUGAAGUUGGGAUGCUUUUUGCAGUAAUUAAAGUGAUAAAUUGAAAAUUAUUCUUCUCUCCCUCGUUUCUUAUAAAGAAGUGAUAAGAAAAACAAAAUUACGGUACAAAUUGGGAUCCCAAAACGACAAGCUACACAGCCAGAAGAAGAAGUUUUGAAAAAGACCAGAUCCCACUUAAGGGAAAAUGGAGGCUUCUUGGUCUAGUGAAAAAAUAAUUUGGGGGCAGUUAGUGGUGACAUCGAUCGUUUGGUGAAAUUUCCUGAAAGCAGACCAUUUGCGUGGAGUGUCUCAACCUUAAAGUGUGUUACAGCUGGCUUAAAGUUGCCAGUUUUUUGUGAUUUCAAAUGAAGUCAUCGGUGUUAUGAAUGGUUUAAAAUUCAGCAAAACUACCGCGACGUUGCAAAUGUGUUCCACGGAAGAGUAAAGUGAGUGAAGUAAAAAAAAAACCAAACAACGACGCUUGCCCGCCACCAAGAUCAUUGGCUGCAAAAAUGGUGAUGAUGAGUAGGUGGAACUUGUUUGCCAGCCGCCUCUUCAGCAAAAUCUGAACCUGCGAGCCGAGACAGAAAUCGCGAUCGAGCGGUUUUUUUUCCCCGAUACCGAUAAAUUGUACGUCUGUUUGUCGCAGCCCGUUGACUAAUACGACUAGUGUUGAGGCGUUUUGGCUGCGCUCGCCCUCCUAGGUCGUCUGUGAAUGCAGUGUAGUGCGAUCGAAGUUUCGACCGAGGCAAAUGUUAGGUGUUUGCGGUGGUUUUACGCGUGCCACUAGCAAGACUUCGGAUGAAACCAAUUAACACGACUGAGUACCUGGAACGUCGAGGUGCUUAAGGACCUUCAGUUUCAAUUAUUGAACUUUUAAAAGCGGCAACAGCUUGGUGAAUUUUCCAAAAAAAAUAUCGGAUGGUGAAAAAAAAGUUAAAACAAAUGUAAAUAUUAAAAGUUCAUUUGCAUCCUUACCUAAAACCGGUGCGGUACUCUUCAGGUGUUUCUCGACCUCCCUCGACUCGGAAAAGUGGGAAACUGUGCCCAGGUAAAAGUUGUUAAUUAAAACAUAGCUCCAGCAGCCACCCCAAAGGCACAUGUGUGUGUGUUAAUUAUGUGUGUGUGAGUGAAAGGAAACAGCAGCAGCGGCAGAGCACUUGGAGCAUUUCACCGGAAGCUGUGGAUGAUGAUGGAUGGGUAUCCCGGAACCGAAAGUCGUCGUCCUCGUCGCCUGGCAUCGGGAAAGGUUACGCUUCAAAGGAAGCAUAAAUUGAACAUAUUUUCCAGCGAGUCCCGGAUGGCUUCCGGUGCAGAGAUUCAGGCGUCGUUGCUGAAUGGACUUCGUUUGUGAAUGGGCAAACAGAAUCGGACAAAAAAAAAACAAGUGGAACAUCCAACACAAAAUCAUUAUAAAUUCAACGAAAAGCGUAUUCCUCAUUUCGAAAAUGAAACCACAACCAUCGACAUCGAGGGAGUUUUUUUUUUUUUUUGUUUCGAUUAUAGUCGUUUUACCAUCAUUAUGGCAUUCGCGACUUUAUCAACGUUGCAGUUGGCGGAUCGUUAUUGAAAAACUAUCCGGUACAACUGCGUUCGAUGUUUACUCUUGGGCUUGAACUCGCGGACAUCGGCUCAGGAGGCAACAGACUUGCCAACUGAGCUAUAUCACAAGCCCACAUCGAGGGAGUGGUUUUACCCAAUGAGUAGCAGUGGUUUAAUUUAGUGUGUAACAGUCGCCCCAAGAAUAAUCAAAAGCUGAUAAAAAACAAUCAAUUGCUCUAAUUAAAUUGAAAAAUAAAUAUUUAAUCUAGAUUGAUUGUGUUGAAAAGCUUCCGAAUGUGGUGAACGCGUGUGCGACAAUCAACAGAUAGCUCUUAAUGAUAUUGUCGAAUACAUAAAUGUGUGUAAAUAUAAGCAACAGAUGUUUGCUGUCCGUACGUGCGAAUGAUUGUGGUGAUUAACGAAGUUGAAUGCAAAAAAUAGCGUGUGAGCUGUGAAUCAAAGUGCGGAAAAUUCCAUUAAAGUAAAAUAAUAAUUAACGUAAAAGUAAAAUAGCAUCGAGAUCGUUUGACCCCCCUCCGGGAAUUUGCUUUAUUCAGCUGAGUGGAUCAAGUUUCAACUUUUCGAUUUUGGACCAGCAGGAAUAAACACAACACACAUUCAAAAUGGCGAUGGAAUGGAUAACGGCCAUUGAUAAGCGGCCAUGUGAUCGGAACCUCCGGGACUGCGAAUUGAUUUCCUGCCGGUUGAGGAGGGUAGAGCCUCUGUGUCGGCUGCCAGGAUCCGCCCUGCAGCAGCUGGCCAUGUGUGGCUUCUACGAGGAUCUGGAGAAAGGUGUCACGUUGUUUCGCGCCGGCGAGCAGGGUCGCUACUGGUACGCGGUUCUCGGCGGCCAGCUGGAGGUUCGCUACCACGGUGCGGAGAGCAAAGACAGCAAGCUCUCGGUGACGCUAUGUAACUUGGGCGUCGGAGCAACCUUCGGAGAGUCCAUCCUGCACGACCUGCCCCGGGACAGUACGGUGGUCACCAAAACGACCUGCGAGCUGCUGCGAGUGGAACAAGAAGACUUUAGACUGAUCUACGAGAAAAACAAGGAAUUAAUGAACGACAUAAUCUCCAACUGUAAAUUAAAAAAUGGUUUCGGACAGAGCAUGCAAACCACGAGUAUGGUCCAUUCCGGAAUCCAUCAACAGGCUUCACCGACCAAAAAGCAAUUAAGUCCCGAUCAUCCGAACCCGGCCACGCCAAUCACCGAGGCUCCGAGUCCGGCAAUGGCGCGAAUGGGAUGGGCCCUUCGGACACUUCUCGUGUCGGACAAUACCAGCUGCCUGAAGGACCGAAAGGUGGGCGGAAAAUUCAUCCGCAAGUGUGGCCCCGGCACCGAACUGGUAGACUGGCUGAUGAACUUGUCCCCGAUUGUGCACACCCGCCCUCAGGCCGCCGGCAUGUGGCAAGCCCUGGUCGAGGAGGGCGUCCUCAGUCACGUGGCCAAGGAGCAGCCCUUCAAGGACAAGUGCUUCCUGUAUCGGUUCAAGGUGGACGAAGACGGCACGGCAGGAUCUAUUUCCUCGGACGACGUCAGCCACGCGAAUGAUCACAUCCGAGAGGCGUUGCCAUCGUUGCUGCACCGAGGUCCGGACGCAACCCUCAGGAUGAUUCUCCGGAAACCAUCCCACGAGCGAACCCACGAAGAGCUGGAACUGGUCUACGAAGAGUUGCUGCACAUUGCCGCCCUUUCGCAUCUGUCGACGUCCAUCAAGCGGGAGCUGGCGUCGAUCAUUGUUUUCGAGGCGCACGCCCAUGCCGGAACUGUCUUGUUCAACCAGGGCGACGAGGGCCGAUCGUGGUACAUCUUGCUCAAGGGUUCGGUCGACGUCGUCAUCCACGGCAAGGGCACCGUCGCGACGCUCAAGGAGGGUGAUGAUUUUGGCAAAUUGGCACUCAUCAACGAUGCGCCCAGGGCUGCCACAAUUGUGCUCAAGGAGAACAACAGCCACCUGCUGCGGGUGGACAAGGAGCACUUUAACCGGAUCCUGCGGGACGUUGAGGCCAACACGCUACGGUUACAGGAACACGGCAAGGACGUACUAAUCCUGGAACGGGUCGCCAAACAACGAGGACACUCGGCUUUCAAAUACACUGUGAUGUCCGGCACGCCACAGAAGAUGCUGGAACACCUGCUGGAGACUAGACUGAGCGGUCAGAUGGGACCAAACGAUCCGUUUUUGGACGAUUUUCUCCUGACCCACAUCGUGUUUAUGCCAACGCCAAUCCUGAUCGACGAGCUGGCCAGCCACUAUCAUGCCGAUGAGGAGAUCGACCUGAGGACGGCCAGCGAGGAAGAUCGGGAGUACUUCAUGACCUGCAAGCGGCGUGUGGUGCACUUCAUCGCCCGGUGGGUCAACGUGGUGCGGCACGCCGUCUUCGACGAUCCGCUGGCCGUCGAGUUCAUUGAGGACACUGCAACGUACGUCGAAGCGGAACCUCUGCUACAGGAAGAAGCCAGCAUCAUACACAACGUGCUGACGCAAUUAUCUCGCUAUCAGGACGAUCGGCAGAUGACUGCUAGCCAGAAGUGGAAAUUGCCACCAAACGGACAACCGAUUUGCCUAUUCAGUGGAAACACUCACUCUACAAAGACUGUUAUACGACCGGAUGAUGAUAUAAUCUUCCGGGUGUACUGUGCGGACCACACGUACUGCACCCUGCGCUUCCCGAUGGCGACCAAUGCGGACAUCAUCAAGGCCUGUGCCGCGGACAAACUGCAGCUUUGUCGGAACCCCGAGGAUUUGCUCCUGGUGGAAGUGAAAUCGAACGGCGAACGGAUGGUAUUCAAGGACAAUGACGUCAGCAUACCGACUGCGCUGAGCCUAAACGGACGAAUAUUCGUUUCGUCCAAGGACCACCUGGAUGCACUGACAACCCUACCGGAACAGGAACUUCCGACCGAGGCGCUCGAUAUGGACUUUGAGGCGCUGCCGACCAAGGAUGUGGCCUAUCACAUAACGCUGUUCGAUUGGGACCUAUUUUGGGCGGUUCACGAGUACGAGCUGCUGUACCACACCUUCGGAAGGCAUCACUUCAAUAAGAUUACAUCGAACCUGGACGUUUUCAUCAGGCGCUUCAACGAGAUCCAGUACUGGGUGGUGACGGAAAUCGUGUCCACCGCCAAUCUGACGAAGCGAAUGUCCCUAGUCAAGAAGUUUAUCAAACUGGCUGCAUUCUGCAAAGAGUUCCAAAACCUGAACGCAUUCUUCGCCGUGGUGAUGGGUCUCUCGAAUAUGGCCGUCAGUCGGCUAACGUACACCUGGGACAAACUACCGUCCAAGUUCCGGAAGCUGUUUGCCGAGUACGAAGCCCUGAUUGAUCCCAGCCGGAACCAUCGGGCUUAUAGAAUGUCCGUUGGAAAGUUGCAACCGCCGGUGAUUCCGUUUAUGCCGCUGCUGCUGAAGGAUAUGACGUUUGCCCACGAGGGUAACAAAACUAGCCUGGAGGGACUGGUGAACUUCGAGAAGAUGCACAUGAUGGCCCAGACGAUGCGAACGGUGCGGUACUGUAGAUCCAGACACCUCGUAUUGGAUCCUCCCUCACCGAAGAACGAAAACGAAAUCCGGCAGUACAUCAGCUGUUUCCGAACCAUCGACAACCAAAGAGUGCUGAACGCCAUGUCCCACAAGGUGGAACCGCGACGAUCGUAAAAAGACACAAAACCCCAGAAGCAGAAGCAAAACACCGAGUGACUGAAAGAACAGGGUAAAGUGCACCCACCCACGCCACGACCCAGACAAGGUUUUGUCCUGCCAAACUGAUUACACACACACCCCUAAUGUAACAACUGUUGUUGCUCACCUGUUGCUCCAGCCCAACCCAUGGAGGAGUGCUCCUGCCUGAUGUCAUUAUUACUUCCCCACCACCUCCUAUGCGAAACUCUCCUCUCGAACAAACAACCAAGUCAUUUAACCUUUUCUGAACCUUUCUAGUAUUCAAGGUGGUGGGGUUCACAAAGGGGUCAAAUAGUGAGUGUGACCCUCUUCCCCUAACCCUAACCUAUGAUGAGCUGUUGCACACGAUUCGAGCAUUAUCAUCUAGCUAGAAAGUGAUUUAUAUUAAAGUACUUUUACCGGAUACGUUCUAUAUGGCACCUUAAUCGAUGGAUGGAUUGAGGUGCCGUACACAUGUAUAGGAUUAUUUAUACAAAGGUAUAGAGUUGAGAUUCAAGAUAUUUUAUCACCAAUCUGGUGAAAGAGAGAAACAAGUAGAUUUUGUAUUAUAGUAUUAUGUUAAGUUAACUUUUAUAAACCAUAUCAACAUCUCAAAUCAAAGUUGUACUUAGGCAGUUGAUUCAAACACUAUUCGUUAUCCUAUAAUCAAAUAACAGUUACUAACUGUUUUUGUUAACUUUUUUCAAAUGAUUUAAUUUAUGUUACAACACUUUUGUUCCAAUUAUUUAAUACCGUAUACGUUUUACAUAAUAAACUGAACAAUUUCCACUACUUUCAUUGUUUUUCUUUUUUUCCUGUAUGUGUGUGUAUGUACGUGUCAAAAAGCUGGACUAAGCUGAAAUAAAGAAACCCCCCAAAAAGGAUACAUCUCUAGCGAGCUCAAGUUCUGAUCAUUCUGGUUCCUAUGAUAAACGAUCUACUACAAACAAGAAAUGACAUUAAACGUUUUUUUUAUCAUCACGACUCAUCAAAAAUUAAUUGGGCCGUUAACAAAUAAUCUAUUCAAUCGAUCUAUAACAGUAACAUGUGGAACAACAGCAAACUAUACCUACAAAAAAAAUGUUACAAAUGAAACCUAAUUUCUGUCUUUGUAAUUUUGUAUGUUUUUAUUUGUUUAUGAUUGAACACGUAAAGUGAAACGUGCGAGCCGUAUAUCUAAGUGUAUUAGAAUUUUUAGUUCAAGUCCUUUUUAGACCUAUUUUUUCAAAGUUCCGAUCGGCGUCUCAAAUUUAAUUGCUUAAAAAACAUACACAUAUUCGUCAAUGUAAAACUUCACCCAAUCAGUCCAAACCGUGGAACUGGAAAGAUACUCGGUGCCGACUUCCAUCAACUUGAUCUUUCUGACGAUGACUUUGACAGCUCAUUACCUAGGAGGUCUUCGAGUAAGCUCGCUCCGCACAUCUGGAUGUAUUUGGACGAGCAAUAGAAUAUUGUCAGCCAGAUCAAGAUCGUUUACCUCUUCUAUUUUCGACAAUUCGGCUCGAUAAAAAUACGGUGAUAAAUAACAUCCGUUCAGCAGUUAUCGGGAUUGGAUCAGACAAGACACUAUCAUGCAAAACCUUGUAUCGUGCAGACGAUCGAAUAUAUGUAGUCUAGAAUUUUGUUGAUUCGUCCCAGUUCCGGCUACCUUUAACUCAAAACUUCUAGCUAUUACAAUAAUUUACUUCCAAUAGACAUUUUAAAAACCUAGACUAGCUUAACAUUAUUUACUCACGGACCCGUUUCCUACUAUAGUUUACAAACUUUACAUCCCAAACGCACUACAGUCAUAUCACAGCUAUCGGACGGCACAGGUUUAUCACGGGAAUAUCUGGCAACCCUGUCUCCACGGGCACGCACUGCUCCAUGGGCACGAAUCACUGCCCGAAGCACCUCCGUAGACUGGGCCGUCUCUCUGCGCAAUUUAUCGUUCCGACCGUCUGUUGAAUGGACUUCUCGGAGGCCACUGGCCUUCGAACUGGGCUCUACAAAGUUGUAUACAUGACGGAACUGGUUGGCAUAGGGAUCUAUCAAAUGGUUUACUCACCCUUUUGUUGUGUUUGCUGUUGCUGAGUGUUUCUUUCCGCCUUCUAUUUCUCGCUCUUGACGCUGCGGUUAUCCACUGCGAAAGCAACUUGCUUGAAAUGGCCAUUCAGGAAAAUAUUUCUGAUUUCUGAAGUAAACCGGACCCACUUAGAUUUAGUCGUCGCGAUUGAACCGUUCACCUUGGCUAUCUGUUUUGUAAAAAAAACAAUGUUUUUUGCUGUUCCUCAAAAGAAUUUCAGCCUGACGAAUGGUGGGAUGCUUUUGCCGACGAAACAAUUGCUAAAUGCAAUCGCGAACACAACCGCUGAAAACGUUUUAGACGAUGAUGUUUUCUUUUCGUUUCUCUUUGUUUACGUUGUCGCCGUGCGUUUGCUUUUGACGUUUACACUCUAUACUCUAAACACUUAUUCUUUGGUACACUGUUACUCUAAUGGUAGGACACGCUCAGAACAAAAUAGCUACACAGACUUAAUUAUAAUGUUACAUGGUGACAGCAGACAAUGACAAUCCGGCGGCGAAUGAUCAGCGGAAGUCGUGCCUACUAUGGACUCCACAAGCAAUUGCGGUCGAGAAGACUCAGCCCUCGCACGAAGUGUAGCCUGUAGGUACAUGAUGCUCAUUAGACCGGUUGGUCUCUACGGAAACAAGACAUGGAUAUUGCUCGAGGAUGUAGAAGGCGUUGAAUUAAUUUAAGAUCUAAGUAAUCCGUGUCGUAGAAUCAGAAAAUAAAAUUCAUUCCACUGUCACACGUUAACCAAACCACACGUGUAUUUCAAUUGGUUAUGGGCCCAGUUACCCAAACCGGAAGUCAGUAAAUUUUCUUUGGUCACAUCAAG